AUGGUGCAUGGUGCCAUCAGUGAAAGUGUUGUUUUGAAUAUUGCGAUAUCACCUGUUUACCGUGAGCGUAUUGCAAAGAAGCUAGUUAGCACUGUCAAAGCUGCGUGUUGGCCUUCAGGCUUCAGGGGUUCACAAGGUAACACAACCCUCAGUGAGCCAAUGAUGAAGACACUGUUGGUGCUAUCAGUGGUGCUAGUGGUCUCCACUGAGAAGUUACCAGGAGUCUCCCACGGUGAUGUAGGUCUUGGUGGGAGAGGGCUCGGUGUUGGAGUCUCCCAUGGUGGUGUAGGAGUCUCCCAUGGUGGUGUAGGAGUCUCCCAUGGUGGUGUAGGAGUCUCCCAUGGUGGUGUAGGAGUCUCUCAUGGUGGUGUAGGUCUUGGUGGGAAAGGGCUCGGUGUUGGAGUCUCCCAUGGUGGUGUAGGUCUCUCCCAUGGUGGUGUAGGUCUCUCCCAUGGUGGUGUAGGUCUCUCCCAUGGUGGUGUAGGUCUUGGUGGGAGAGGGCUCGGUGUUGGAGUCUCCCAUGGUGGUGUAGGAGUCUCCCAUGGUGGUGUAGGAGUCUCUCAUGGUGGUGUAGGUCUUGGUGGGAAAGGGCUCGGUGUUGGAGUCUCCCAUGGUGGUGUAGGUCUCUCCCAUGGUGGUGUAGGUCUUGGUGGGAUAGGGCUCGGUGUUAGAGUCUCCCAUGGUGGUGUAGGAGUCUCCCAUGGUGGUGUAGGAGUUUCCCACGGUGGUGUAGGUCUUGGUGGGAAAGGGCUCGGUGUUGGAGUCUCCCAUGGUGGUGUAGGAGUCUCCCCUGGUGGUGUAGGAGUCUCCCAUGGUGGUGUAGGAGUCUCCCAUGGUGGUGUAGGAGUCUCCCAUGGUGGUGUAGGAGUCUCCCAUGGUAGUGUAGGAGUCUCUCAUGGUGGUGUAGGUCUUGGUGGGAAAGGGCUCGGUGUUGGAGUCUCCCAUGGUGGUGUAGGUCUCUCCCAUGGUAGUGUAGAUCUCUCCCAUGGUGGUGUAGGAGUCUCCCAUGCUAGUGUAGCAAUCCCCCAUGGUGGUGUAGGAGCCUCCCAUAGUGGUGGGAAAGGGCUCGGAGGUGUAGGAGUCUCCCAUGGUGGUGUAGGAGUUUCCCAUACUAGUGUGGGAGUUUCCCAUGGUGGUGUAGGUCUUGGCAGGAAAAAGCUUGGAGGUGUAGGAGUCUCCCAUGGUGGUGCUGGAGUCUCCCAUGGUGGUGUAGGUCUUGGUGGGAAAGGGCUCGGAGAUGUCGGAAUCUCCCAUGGUGGUGUAGGUCUUGGUUCAGUUGGUAUCUUCCAUGGUGGUGUAGGUCUUGGCCCAAUUGGCAUUUCCCAUGGUGGUGUAGGUGGUGGUGGUGCAAGUGUCUCCCACAGUGGUGUAGGUGUUGGUGGUUUAGGUGUCUCCCACGGUGAUGUAGGUGUUGGUGGUUUAGGUGAUGGUAGUGUAGGUGUCUCCCACGGUGGUGUAGGUGUUGGUGGUGUAGGUGUUGGUGGUGUAGGUGCUGGUAGUCUAGGCGUCUCCCACGGUGUUGUAGGUGGCAAAGGUUUCGGUAGCGUAGGAAUCUCCCAUGGUGGAGUAGGUGUUGGUGGUGUAGGUGUCUCCCACGGUAGUGUAGGUGUUGGUGGUUUAGGUGCUGGUAGUGGAGGUGUCUCCCACGGUGGUGUAGGUGUUGGUGGUGUAGGUGUCUCCCACGGUGGUGUAGGUGUCUCCCACGGUGGUAUAGGUGUUAGUGGUGAAAGUGUUGGUGGUGUAGAUGGAAAAGGUUUCAGUAGCGUAGGAAUCUCCCACGAUGGUAUAGGUAUUGGUGGUGUAGAUAUCUCCCACGGUAGCGUAAGUGGAAAGGGUUUCAGUAGCGUAGGAAUCUCCCACGGUGGUGUAGGUGUUGGUGGUGUAAGUCUUGGUGGUGCAGGAAUUUCCCACAGUGGUGUAGGUCUUCGUGGAACUGGGUUUGGCGGUACAGGACUUUCCCAUGGCGUAGGACUCUCCCGCGGUGUAGGACUCUCCCAUGGUGUAGGACUCUCCCAUGGUGUAGGACUCUCCCAUGGUGUAGGACUCUCCCAUGGUGUAGGACUCUCCCAUGGUGCUGAUGGUGUCCUUCAUACAACAGUUGCUCCAAUCUCCUCCGCCGUUCAUGGCGUUCAGUUAAAUUUGCAGCAAGCCAUUGCAGGAGUGCUGACUGACCUAAGCACCGCCUAUAGUGACUACCACUUCUCCUGGCGACAUGAUGGCGGUAUCAACUACCCGUGGGACAAAGCAAACUUUUACUGCCAAAGUCUAGGACCUGGAUGGCAAGGUGUCAGCAUCGAAACGUAUGAAGAAAACAGAAUCAUCAGUGAAAUCAUCGCUUAUGACAAGUUGAAAUAUGUGUGGACGGGCGGCUACCUCAGUGACUUCGGCUGGUCCUGGCCCUCUGGAAAUCCAUUCCUUGGACUCAGUUGGUCCAAGACCGGACUCAGCGGUUUACCUCAGCCUGACAACCGCGAGAAGCGUAACGAGAGAUGUCUGGCCAUUCUUAAUUACUUCUACAACGACGGCAUCGUUUGGCACGACAUCGGCUGCCAUCACGAGAAGCCUAUCAUCUGCGAGCGCCCGAGGAUCUACAAAGCCUUCGCAUAGGUCGAACGGUAUCCACGAUUCUACUGAGUCAGUAAGUUGAUUCAUAGGUGUCUACAGUAGCAGUGUCUCACUGUCGUCAACGGUAGAGCAGCAUCUCACUUUCGUCUACGGUAGCAGCAUUUCACUGUCGUUUACGGUAGCAAUAUCUUACUGUCGUCUACGGUAGCAGUAUCUCACUGUUGUCUACGGUAGCAGUAUCUCACUGUCCUCUACGGUAGCAGUAUCUCACUGUCGUCUACGGUAGCAGUAUCUCACUGUCCUCUACGGUAGCAGUGUCUCACUGUCGUCUACGGCAGCAGUGUCUCACUGUCCUCUUCGGUAGCAGUAUC